UGUUUUGGGCGCCUGGAACUCGGCAGAAGAGCCAGAGAAGGCCAGCCACAGGGUGUGCCAAGCACGGGCAGCCAGUGACGGACAGACGGACGGAGGGACGGGGUGUGGGGAGGGAGCGUGCAAGACCCGGAGAGGGAGCCUAUUUUGGCUUGAAAGGCAGCACACUUGGGACACUGGGAAAGGCGUGGAAAGCUGGCGUGUUGCGUGUUUGUGUGCUCCGGGAGGGAAAAAGAACCUCAGCGCUUCCACUCUGGGUGGCCACAAGGCAGGCAGGAGAGCCAGGCCGGGAAGAGGGGGGGGGCUCUGUGUGUGUGUUUGUGUUGGGGGUCGUGGUGGGGAUGGGAAGACCCUGAGUGUGCACCAGGAAGGGAGGAAAAGCUAAAACUGGAGUGUGCAAGAAAGAGAAAUCUCUUGCGUGCGACAGGAGUUGUGAAGAAGCCAUCCAGCUUUCUUUUGGUGGGACACAGAGCAUUUCCGUGCAGGACAUCCCUUCCAAGAAACAGGUGAAUUAAAGAACUCGUGCGGCCACCCAGGAAGGAGAUGGUCGGCCGGGAGGGUGCCCGCUCGACGUAGCCCCUUCCACCGCUGUGCAGCCGGAGACCUCGCAAUCAGUGUAUCUAACCUGGGGUGUCCGCAGCAACCGGCCAAGCUGGCCCCAUGGCAGCAGAGGUCCGACUGAAGAAACUGGAGGAGCUGGUACUUGACCGCAGCGUGGUGGGCUUGGAGACGCUGGUGGACCUCCUGCUCUGCGUGCAUCAUGAGCUGAGCACUUCGCCCCUGGCCCAGGAGAAAUACAUCACAGAGUUCCUGCAGUGGGCGGAGCCGGUAACCUCCAGACUAAAACAGCUCCGGCUGCAGCGAGAUGACUUUGAGAUCCUAAAAGUGAUCGGCCGAGGAGCUUUAAGCGAGGUGGCAGUGGUGAAGCAGAAGAGGACCUCCCAGGUAUAUGCCAUGAAAAUAAUGAACAAAUGGGACAUGUUGAAACGGGGAGAGGUUUCCUGCUUCAGGGAGGAGAGGGACGUCCUGGUCAAUGGAGACAAACGCUGGAUUACGCAGCUGCAUUUUGCCUUCCAGGAUGAGAAUUACCUGUACCUGGUGAUGGACUACUACGUCGGGGGCGACCUCCUGACUCUGCUGAGCAAAUUUGGCGACCGCAUCCCUCUGGAGAUGGCCCGGUUCUACUUGGCUGAGAUGGUGAUGGCCAUUGACUCCAUCCACACCCUGGGUUACGUGCACAGGGACAUCAAACCCGACAACAUCCUUCUCGAUCGGUGUGGCCACAUCCGGCUGGGGGAUUUCGGAUCCUGCCUCAAGCUUCGAGAAGACGGGACGGUCUGUUCCACAGUGGCAGUGGGCACCCCAGAUUACCUCUCCCCGGAGAUCUUGCGAGCAGUGGAAGAUGGGCUUCAUUCCUACGGCACAGAAUGCGACUGGUGGUCUCUGGGCAUUUUUGCCUACGAGAUGUUCUUUGGGCACACCCCCUUCUUUGCCGACUCCGUCGUGGAGACCUAUGGCAAGAUUCUGCACUUCAAGGAGCAUUUCCGCUUUCCCCUCUCGGCCCCGGAGAUCCCUCCGGAAGCUCAGGCCUUGAUCGAGGGGCUGAUCUGUCCUCGGGAGACGCGCCUGGGACGUAACGGAGUUCAGGACUUCAAGGACCACCCGUUCUUCGUUGGCAUCGACUGGCAGGGACUGCGGGACUGCAGCCCGUCUUUUGUGCCCGAGUUUGCCAACGCCACCGACACGUCCAACUUCGACGUGGUAGACGACUGUCUCACCGACAUGGUGAGAGGGGGAGGGGAGACCCUGUGGGACGUCAUUGAGACCUCUCCCCUCGGAGUGCAGCUGCCCUUCGUGGGGUACUCCUACACUUACACGGCUGUGAAACAGAAAGACCCCAAGGAAAGAGACCCCAGUCCCAUCGCCAUGGAGGUGGAUCCUGCUGGGAAGAGGCUGUCGGAAGAAGCCCAGGAAAGGCCUCCGGAGGAGCUGGCCUGUAAACUGCCCGAUGGGCAGAAACUGGACCAGUCCAUGUUUCUCGAACUGCAGGCGGCCUUCGAGGAGGAACUGAAGAGCCGGGAGAUGUUGUGUCAAGAGCUCAGCGUGGUCAAGGUGGCCAACCAGAAUUUUGCCAGCCAGCUAAAGGACGCCGAGAGCCGAAAUGUGGAACUGGAAGCUCAGAUCCAGCGCUUGAAAGAGCAGAUCGAAGACAUGAAAGCAGCAACUGAGGAGGCUGCUUUAGGCUGGAGCCCAUCCCGGCCCCCCAACCUCAGCCGGCCUUUCUUGCACUGCGUGGAACGGCCAGCCCACCAAAGUGGCCCCGUGGCAUCCCAGCUCUGUGAAUACCCGCUUGUGGUACCUCUGUACCGGCACUUGCUGCUCUUUUCGAGGGUACGUAGGCCCUGCAUCGUCCACGUGGGAUACCUGCUCUUGUGCACCGGUGGGCACGGAUUGGAGGCCUUCAACCGGGGCCGAGCGGAAACAGUUUGAACCCUGGCCGGGGCAAGGAAGAGUCGGGCACACCGGCCGCUUACAGCUGCCCCAGCAAGCCUAGAAACGGGGACAACCCCCUUUGGUGGAGGACUGGCUUGGGUCACGUCCCGGACGUCCAGCCGCCCCCCUCUGGUUGUUUCCCAGGCGCUUCCUUUGCUUCGAGACCACCGGCCCCAUGGAGGAAGCAGCAGGAGCGGAGGACACAACCCAGGGACCCUGUUUUUCAAAGCAUCUUUGCACUCUCUGUACAGACUCCCCCCGCCCCCCCCAGCCGAAUGGAAACGCACACCGUUCCCCAAGGGAGCUCCUCCCAAGAGCCGAGACGAAGCCACCGUGCCCAGAAGGCUUCGCCCAGGACGCUGCCAAGAAUUUUGAGAUUUUUCCCGUGACUUUUUGCCGUUCUGGUCACAAGGGUCGUUUCUGCACCUGAUGCCCCUUUGGGAGAUGAGGGUCAGAAGCGACAACCCCCCCACGAGGAGGAGGAAGGGGAAGGUGCCCGUCCCGGGGAGCUAGCAGAGCCGGACUCGAAAGGAUUAGCCAAACGAGGGUGCACUCGGCCAGCUGUAAUCGGUGCCUUCUGGUUGUGCUUUGAAGGCCACCAACCAUCCACACACACACCCCUCCCUGGCAGGGCCUUAUGGUGCCCAUGGACUCUGCAGGGGGAUGCUAGUUUUAAACUGCCAGACACUCUUUUUAUCUGCACUUCUCCACGUUUGAAAGCAGCUGGCAACCUCCGCUCUGCAGCCCUCCACAGUUUCACCCACCCACCCUUUUGUAAGUCAUUUCGAAUGUGAUGGGGACGUGGCAGCCCUUCCUGCCUCAAAGCGGGAGACCCAAGUCUCUAGUCCCUAUGUUUGGAAGAGUUGUGUGCAUGUUUAUCUAAAACGAAAGUGCAUGGAAGCAAAAACUGAGCUUGCCGGGGGGGAGAGGAGGGGGGCGCAUACCGCUAGUUUUAGGGUUUUUCCACUUAAGCCCCUUUGGGUGCCUCUCGCCUUCCACGCCCCAAAUGUUUAUUAUUCCUCCUCUGUGUAACGCCGUGCACGGACUGCGCGCAUGAGGGCACUCUCUACAUUCUGCCACUCGGCCGUUGAGGAGGGAGACUCUCUUGGUUUCCCCGUAGGAAUAAAGCCGGAUUAUUUCCUGG